AACUCAGACGCUGACUCGUCGUAUGGAGAUCUCGCGUCUGAAACGGCUUCGUUGACGUCUAGCAUCAUGGCUGGCCAUUUUGAGAACGGGAGACGGUACCACGCUUACCAGAAAGCGAGCGGGGAGUACAUCCUGCCAGACGACGAGCAGGAGCAGGACCGACUGGACAUCAAGUAUGCAUCGAUACAGCUGGUCUUCAGCGACAAGGUCACCUUCGCCCCGCUUGAAGGUCCUCAACAAAUCCUCGACAUCGGGACGGGAACCGGUAUCUGGGCCAUUGAUGCCGGCGAGCAGUUUCCUAGUGCUACUGUGACUGCGACAGAUCUAAGUCCUAUCCAGCCCACAUGGGUCCCGCCGAACGUAAAGUUUGAGAUUGACGAUGCAGAAGCGGACUGGACCUGGCCGCUCGACCACUUCGAUCUCGUCCACAUGCGCACCAUGACCGGUUGCAUACGCAACUGGGACAAGCUAUUCGCACAGGCCUACGCGCACACCAGGCCCGGCGGCUACAUCGAGCUGCAGGAGAUGGACUACAUGGCCAUCAUGCAGCCGACGUCGCGCAAGCCGGGGACGUCGUUCAACACGUGGUGCGUGGAGCAGGGCAAAGCGGCGAUGAAGGUCGGCGUGUGCCUGCGCACGAGCGUGGAAUUCAUCAAGGGCCACCUGGAGAAAGCCGGGUUCGUCGACAUCACGGUGCGCGAGUUCAAGCUGCCCAUCGGGCCGUGGCCGAAGCAGAAGCGGCUGCGCGACGCGGGGCUGCUGCAGCUGAGCGCGAUGCUCGAGGGCAUCGAGGGGCUGAGCCUGCGGCUGCUGAAGUUCUACGACGGCUGGUCCCUCGAGGAACUGCAGGUGCUGCUGGCGAAGGUG